AUGGGACUUGAGGCAGCCUUUCAACAAGGACAUAUCAAAGGAAUCAAACAAUUUGAAAACUUUGUUGUUGGAUGUUUAGAGAACUCAGGUUCUUUAAUGCUGCCGUUUGUUAUCAGUGGAUAUGAACACAGUGGUGAUGUUGAUGAAAUCCAACAAUACGAUAGCUUAUGUCAGGCUUGCCUCAAUAAUCAUGUUGAGAAUAGAGCAAGCAUUAGACAGGGGAAUGCCCUGAUCCAUACCUCCUGUCAGACUUUUGUGGAUAGUAGAUUUCAAAGAUUGGAAAAACUUUUGGAAGAUGGUAAGGUCAAAGGUCAUUAUUCUGUGAUGUAUGGGUGUACAUGCCACUACCUUGGUUUGAGUAAAUCUACGUGUGUCGAAACCUUCCUAUUUGGCGUUUUGAGGACUGUAGUUAAUAGUGCUGUGCGACUAACAACUAUAGGAUCUAUGCAGGCACAGAAUAUCCAGUUUAAAUGUCUCCAGUAUAUACCAGACAUCAUUGAAAGGAAUAUUAGUAGAACAGUUGAUGAUGCCUGUAUAUCCAACCCAUUGAUCGAUAUCAUUGAAAAUACGCAUGAUAAUUUAUUCUCUAGAUUAUUUCACUCAUAAUUUAAAACGUAAUACUCAGAUUAUUUCUGGCUGACAUCGUGCAUAUUUAUUUUUGACACUUUUAUUGUUAGUCCUAAUAAUUUCAAUAUAGCUAGCAAUUCAUUGUGUAUGUUACUCGUAAAACUUUGUGAUCUGUAAAUACUAACACAGGCA